CUGGAUGUGAUCCAUCAACGAAUAAGUAUAAGACGAUUUCAGGAGUUCACCGAGGACAAUCGCAGUGCUAAUCAUGUCCUUGUAACCAACAACAAUAUCAUCAACAUCAACAGAAAUGGCGACGCACGAAAUCUUAACCUGAAAAUGUACCGUAAUGCGACAAUGAUGAUCGAAUUCGCAUUGGCCAUGUCUCAGAUACUCGACCAAUUAAAUCGCGAUUCAUUUCAAAACUUCGAAUUACGAAUAGGUAUGAGUGUUGGCCCACUUGUGGCUGGCGUUAUUGGAGCUCAAAAACCACAGUACGAUAUCUGGGGGAAUACGGUGACCACAGAAAUGGGUGAACUUUUGAGGCGUGGUGGCUAUCGUCUACAAAGCCGUGGAAAGAUAAAAGUGAAAGGUGUGAAGGAACCGAUGGAGACAUUCCUGAUAGAAAUUGACUCGAAAAGGAAUUCAUCUGUUUCGAACAUCUCAAACCAUCCGAGUUCUUCCUGA